AUGGACAACCCGGCCAUGACAGUGCCGGCAAACCAGAAACUACCGCCACCACAACAAGAACAAGGAUCUAAUCUAGGGAGAACAUGGACGACUGUAACAGAUCCAAGUGGCAAUCCUCUCCAAGUCACACCAUCGCCGAAACAACAGGACACUAAGCUCCCAAUCACAACUUCCAAACUCGAUCAUGGCUGGCGAAGGAUAGUCCGCAACUUCUCCCCAUCCUGGUUCUCCGUGACCAUGGGCACAGGCAUAGUUUCCACUAUUCUGAUCACCAUCCCCUGGAAGCCUCUCUGGCUCUACUACCUCAGCAUCAUCUUCUUUGCCCUGAAUGUAUGCCUCUUCGCUCUCGCUUUCACAGCGAGUCUACUACGCUACCUUAUCUGGCCCGAGAUCUGGACGGUAAUGAUCAACGACGCCACCAACUCGUUAUUCCUGGGCACGAUACCCAUGGGCUUCGCAACAAUAGUCGAAAUGUGGAUCUUCGUGUGCGUGCCCGCCUGGGGAGAGUGGGCUGCAUAUGUUGCCUGGGGACUAUGGAUGCUGGACUCCGUCGUCGCUGUCUCCGUCACGGUAACCCUAGGUAUCCUUCUCAUGUCCGCCAGCCACCAACGCUCCCUAGACACCAUUACAGCCGCUCAGCUCUUGCCCAUCGCCGCCACGAUAGUAGCAGCAGGUACCGGCUCCGAAGUCGCCGAAAUCCUGCCAAAUCCUCAACACGCUCUCGGAACGAUAAUAGCGAGUUAUAUCAUGUGGGGUAUGGCGACUCCCAUGGCCAUCAGCGUCCUAGUAAUCUACUAUCAACGCCUAGCCCUACACAAAAUGCCUCCACGGGAGAUCAUCGUUUCCGCCUUCCUUCCUCUCGGACCGCUAGGUUUUGGCGGGUAUACCAUACUAUACCUUGGCAAACAAGCCGCAGAAAUCUUCCCUCGAACAGGCAGCCUCGAUCCCAUGGCAGGCAGUAUAGCCUACGUCCUCGGUUUCUUCAUCGCCCUCAUAAUGUGGGGCUGGGGCCUUCUCUGGUUCGCGCUCGCCCUCGCCGCGAUCUACAAAUCCCGGCCUUUCUCUUUCAACAUGGGAUUUUGGGGAUUUACGUUCCCACUUGGUGUCUACUCCGUCAGCACGAUCCAGAUUGGCAUCGAGCUCCCAUCUCGAUUCUUCCGGGUCUUGGGUACGAUUUUCGGGACGGCGGUCGUGGUGUUGUGGUGUAUUAUCGCCGUGGGCACAGCGAGGGGUGCUUGGAAAGGCCAUCUAUUUCAUGCGCCUUGUCUGGCUAAUCUCAAGAGGCAAGAGGAGGUGACGGAGCGGGCGAGUAGCAAGGAGGAGAGGGAGCUCGGUGCGGCCACCACACCUGGAUCGACGAGCACAGGGUCGAAUCUCACAAAAGUGUCCUCGAUUCAGGGGCGCACGGCUCCUGAUAUUGAGGGCUCCUGA